GCCCGGGCGCCUUUUGGGACCGGACCGUCGCGCGGCAACACGCGGUGCCAGCGGAAAUGGGGCAGGUGUCCUGCGGCGGGCCUGGGGGCCGUGAAUAUUGCUGUCCUCCCGGGCCCGCCGAACCAUCCCUGACCUCUCCUUACAGUUCGGGCAUGCAGUACCACUCCUGGCUUAUGUGAUGCUGGGAACUGAAUCCAGAGCUUCCUGCAUGCUAGCCAAGCACUCAACCAACUGAGCUACAGCCCCAGCCAAGAAAGUGCAACGUGGGGGUGCCCGGUAUGGUGCUCAAGGCCUUCUUCCCCACAUGCUGUGCCUCUGCAGACAGCGGCCUACUAGUGGGACGGUGGGUCCCAGAACAGAACAGCGCUGUGGUUCUAGCUGUGGUGCACUUUCCUUUCAUCCCUAUCCAGGUCAAGGAGCUCUUGGCCCAGGUGCAGAAAGUCAGCCAAGUGCAUGUGGCUGUGCUAGGCACCUGGUGCCACCGCCAGCAGGAGCCCAAGGAGAGCCUGGGGCACUUCCUAGAGGGCCUGGGUGCUAUCUUCUCUCAUGAUCCCUGGCUGCAGCUGUGUCGGGAGAGGGGCACACGGUUCUGGAGUUGCAAGGCCUACCAUCAGGUGUCCACAACCCCUGAUAAAUCCAUUGAGGACCAGGUCAUGCUCAUCUUCUAUGAUCAGCGCAAGGUGCUGCUAUCCUGGCUGCAUCCACCCACAGUACUCCCUGAUUGCCAGGCUGGAGACACCACAGCCAGCGCUGGAGGCCUGGCUGACAUCUUUGAUACAGUAGCACGCAGUGAGGUGCUCUUCCAAAAUAACCAGUUUGACGAGGGCCCUGUGCGGUUGAGCCACUGGCAGUCGGAGGGUGUGGAGGCCAGCAUCCUUGUGGAGCUGACAAAGCAGGCCUCUGGGCCUGUCUGCCUGUUGCUGGCCUCUCUGCUGUCCCUGCUCUCAGCUGUUAGUGCCUGCCGGCUAUGGAAGCUGUGGCCCCUGUCCUUCAUCAGAAGAAAACUCUCCACCUGUGAACAGCUCCAGCACCGACUGAAGCACCUCUCACUCAUCUUCAGCACCCAGAAGGCCCAGAGCCCCACCCAACUGAUGAAGAAGGCCAACAUGCUGGUCUCUGUGCUCAUAGAUGUGGCCCUCGGCUUGCUGCUACUCUCUUGGCUCCACAACAAUAACCGAAUUGGGCAGCUGGCCAAUGCCCUGGUCCCUGUGGCUGACCGAGUGGCUGAGGAGCUCCAACAUCUGCUACAGUGGCUGAUGGGUGCUCCUGCUGGGCUCAAGAUGAAUCGGGCACUGGAUCAGGUGCUGGGCCGCUUCUUCCUGUACCACAUCCACCUGUGGAUCAGCUACAUCCAUCUUAUGUCCCCUUUCAUUGAGCACAUCCUGUGGCAUGUGGGCCUCUCAGCCUGCCUGGGAAUGACUGUUGCGCUGUCCAUCUUAUCGGACAUCAUCGCCCUCCUCACCUUCCACAUCUACUGCUUCUAUGUCUAUGGUGCAAGGCUAUACUGCUUGAAGAUCUAUGGCCUCUCCUCUCUCUGGCGUCUAUUCCGGGGGAAGAAGUGGAAUGUUCUGCGCCAGCGGGUGGAUUCCUGUUCUUAUGACCUCGAUCAGCUGUUUAUCGGGACCUUGCUCUUCACCAUCCUGGUCUUCUUGCUACCCACCACUGCUCUGUACUACCUGGUAUUCACCCUGCUCCGGCUCCUAGUGGUCACUGUGCAGGGCAUGAUUCAUUUGCUCGUGGACCUUAUCAACUCCCUGCCAUUAUACUCCCUUGGCCUUCGACUCUGCCGACCCUACAGGCUGGCAGCUGGUGUGAAGUUCAGAGUCCUGGAGCAGGAGGCAGGCAGGCCCCUUCGCCUCCUGAUGCAGAUAAACCCCCUGCCCUAUAACCGUGUGGUGCACACCUACCGCCUGCCCAGCUGUGGCUGCCACCCCAAGCACUCCUGGGGCUCCCUGUGUCGCAAGCUAUUCUUUGGAGAGCUCAUCUACCCCUGGAGGCAGAGAGAGGACAAACAGGACUGAGGAGCUGGACACAACCUGCCUACAGCCAUUGCACAGUCAUCGAACUUCUCUGCCAGGAUAUAGCACUAACCAUGGGGUCAGCACAGGUCCCACAUAGACAUACCAGACACUCCACAUGCUGAAUGUAGGCAGGCCUUGCCUUUGAGUCACCAUUCUAGCUCUCAGGCCCUGCCAGCUGCAUUCCUGCACUCCAUCUCUCUAGUACCACUUGCCUGAGGCCUUCCUGGUUUGCUGUGGUUAUUGCACUGAGCCAGAUACCUAGGAGUGCCCAAAACUCUGUGGGAUAUGCUGGCAAGUCUCCUUUGCUGCUUUGUUGGAUGGAUGGACAGACUCCUUACAGGAUGCACUCCUGGGCCCCUGGUGCUUUCCAGGAACCUCAGUAGAACAUCCUCAUGUAGGGAACUGAGGCAGCUGCUGAACCCCCUGCCCCAGCAGACUAACUCCUUACCCUAUACCUUGCUGGGUUUGCUUAUUGCUGCUCCCUGGAGGGAGGUUGCUUUGUGAAGUUGCUGCUAAUAGGCUAUUGGGUGUCCCUUUGCCUGAAGUCACACUUUGUGGGGUAGCUGAGCUGCCUUUUUGGAAACUGGGUACCUGCCCACAUAGCUGCCCUACUCUUGCUUAGAGCCCCAUAUGGGGACAGGCCCUUUGGCAAAAUAUUCCUUUUCCUUUCACUGGCUUUUUGCAGGACAAGGCAGCUCCCUUCUGGGUAGGAAUAUCUGUAGCCUAGAAUGUGAAUGACUGGGGUGAUGGAAUGGCCAGGGUUUCCUGCCACUUAGUAGGAUCCCAUGUGAGCCAGUCCCCAGGGGGUAGGAAACCUCACUGCCUGAUGGUCUGGAAGUGUUUGCUCUGGUCAGGAAGAAGUACCAGCCUUGCCUAUCUUUCAGGGGCACUCAGGACUGUCCACAUUGGUUUAUCCAUGCCCCUCCCCCUUCUUUGCCAUAGGCCACAGCAACUCUAAGCGCCCAAUGGAGGGUGCUGAUGGAGAUGAGUUCUGACCCUGACCCUGUGGUGACAAUAAAACCUCAUGAGUUUGAAGCAUA